AUGGAUUAUUCUAGAAAUGUUACAUAUUUCACUCUGGAGGGGCAUAUAGAGUUGGAGAAGUACAGAUAUGUUUAUUUUAUAAUUACUCUGAUAGUCUAUCUAUUGAUUAUUUUUUUAAAUUUUGUUGUCAUUUAUGUCAUAUUUACAAACAAAUGUCUCCAUGAGCCUAUGUACAUAUUCAUUGCAGCUUUGCUUUGUAAUACUCUCUUAGGAUCAACGGUUCUUUACCCUAAGUUACUGAUUGACUUUCUGUCUGAAACACAAGUGGUUUCUUAUGAAGCCUGUACAUUUCAGUCCUGUUCCAUUUAUACAAUUAUGUCUUCAGAGUUUAUGCUGAUAUCUGCUAUGGCCUAUGACAGAUAUGUGUCCAUAUGUAAACCAUUUCAAUAUGCAACUCUUGUUAAAAUUUCUACUGUCAAAAAAAUUUUAUUUUGCUGUUGGUUUUUGCCUACCUGUGAAAAUGGUAUAGCACUGAUACUAACACACCAAAUUAAGACAUGUAAAUUCAAAUUAAACAGAAUAUACUGUAAUAAUUACGUAGUUAUGAAAUUAGGUUGUGGAGACAUAUCUGUAAGGAGUUCAUAUGGAGUAUUUGUUAUAAUUGUUUCUGUAUGUCCACCAGUAGUUUUCAUAGUCUUCUCAUAUAUGAAAAUACUUGCAAUCAGUUUUAAGAAUUCACCUAAUUUCAGAAACAAAGCUCUACGGACCUGCUUACCACAUAUUUUUGUUUUUAUCUCUUUCACUGUCACUUCAUGUUUUGAAGUUAUCAGCAGCAGAUUAGAAUCAAAUAUACCCCAAAUUAUUGCCAUGAUAUUGUCGGUUGAAAAUUUUGUUAUUCCACCUCUUCUCAAUCCCGUAAUAUAUGGUUUGAAAGUUCAAGAAAUUUUGAACAGAAUUAAAAUAAUAUUUUGGAAAAGGAAAACAAAAAUAUAUUUUUAG